GGAAAAAGGAAGAUUCUGAAAAAGCAAAAGGAAAGAAGAUGACGUGCUUUAGUUUAAAUAUGAUUUCUACAUCUCCAAAUCUCUCUCCACCUAAGAAAGUGAAACCCAGCUGCCAUCUUCCCCUGUCACUCUAUCUCUCUCUCUCCUUUUAUUUUUUUUCCUUUUACUCUGCAUUUCUUAUUGGAUUUUCUUGCUGGAGAUGAGCCCACAACGCUGAGCUUCAGCAGGGGAGAAGGAAGCAGCAGCGGGAGGAAGCAGAAAUGGGGUUCUACAAUGGGGCGGCGCUCAACGAUGAGCUUUCCAAGCGAACCUCCAUAUUCGGGCUAAGGCUCUGGGUGGUGCUUGGCAUCUCCGUUGGCUCCGCCAUCGUCAUUCUCCUCUUCCUUCUCUCCCUCUGGCUCACCUCUCGCAGAAAAAACAACAACAACAGCAGCAAUAAUGUCCUCACGGCCACCAGUACCGCCACUACCACCAAGAACACCAGCAGCAAGACGACUCCCCUUCCCCUCCACCACCAACAAAACAACCAGUCGCCGCCGAGCUCGAAACCGACCAUCCCCCAUGUGUGCAAGGAGAUACAAGAGAUCAGACUCGACCACACCCAAAAACCUGCUUCUGAGACCCACAAGCCUCUAGUUCAAAUCCUCGCCCUGCCCAUGACGGAUUCCGGCAUCCUGCAGCCCUCCGGCGAGGGCCCCCGCGACGAGAUCCGCGUGGACAUCGGCAAAGAGCACAAAGUGACCUUGCCGGAGCGUGGUGGCACGUCUUCAUCCCACUGCAGCGGUGAAAGCCGGUCCACCGUUGAUCCAGCGCCAAUGACUCCGGCGCCGGAGGUCUCUCACCUUGGCUGGGGCCACUGGUACACUCUGCGGGAGCUCGACAUAGCCACCAACGGGUUCGCCGACGAGAACGUGAUCGGCGAAGGUGGGUAUGGCAUCGUUUACCGAGGGGUCCUCCAGGAUAACUCCAACGUCGCCAUCAAGAAUCUGCUCAAUAAUAGGGGCCAAGCGGAAAAGGAGUUCAAAGUUGAAGUUGAAGCUAUCGGGCGGGUUCGGCAUAAGAACUUAGUGAGACUGCUUGGCUAUUGUGCUGAAGGAGCUCAUAGGUUGCUUGUUUACGAAUACCUAGAUAAUGGGAAUUUGGAGCAAUGGCUUCAUGGUGAUGUAGGAACCUACAGCCCCUUAACGUGGGAAAUUAGGAUGAACAUUAUACUUGGAACAGCAAAAGGGCUCACUUAUCUACAUGAAGGACUGGAGCCUAAGGUUGUUCAUCGUGAUGUCAAGUCGAGUAAUAUAUUGCUUGAUAAGCAAUGGAUCCCCAAGGUUUCUGAUUUUGGUUUGGCCAAGCUUUUGGGAUCUGAGAGGAGCUAUGUCACGACCCGGGUUAUGGGGACAUUUGGGUAUGUGGCUCCUGAAUAUGCAAGUACUGGGAUGUUGAAUGAAAGAAGUGAUGUAUAUAGUUUUGGAAUUCUUAUAAUGGAGAUUAUCUCUGGAAGAAACCCAGUUGAUUACAGCAGGCCUCCUGGAGAGGUGAAUUUGGUUGAGUGGCUCAAAACAAUGGUUGCAAAUAGGAAUUCCGAGGGAGUAGUGGACCCUAAGCUGCUUGAGAAGCCAUCUUCAAGGGCAUUGAAGAGGGCCCUUUUGGUUGCUCUAAGAUGUGUAGAUCCAGAUGCCCAAAAAAGGCCCAAGAUGGGGCAUGUCAUACAUAUGCUUGAAGUGGAUGAUUUCCCAUACCGAGAUGAUCGUCGAAUUGGGCGAGAUCCUGCACGCAUACUUCGUGAAAGUCCAAAUAAUAACAGUCCAGGACAAUCAUCUGAAAAGCAAACUACUGAGUCAGACGAUGGUAGUGGCUCUGAAAGAGCUAACCUUUUUGAAAACAGAAAUAGGUGGAGACGACAAUCACUUCUGGCUAAAUAAUUUAUUUGUUGCAACAACAUGAUCCAAAUUGUAGCUAUUUCUUGGUCAAAGGCUUCAUGGUUGCCUCUUAUGACCUUUGUUUCUUCGUGUGGUAGUGCUGAUAGAUAACCAAUAAGCUAUUUUGUACAUGAUCGUUAGUCAAUGAUAGCUUAAUCCAUUUUGAGUUUUCGGUGGAUUUAUGCACGUUUGGUGGUUGAGGUAAGGUUCCAGAAUCCGAAUCUGCUUGCAGUUGAAGUUUAUGCUGUUGAAGUUGAUUGAUAUCUAUAAAUAUAAAAUGGAUACCAUUCUCAUGGAUUCCACUUUUUGUCCAUCAAUCUGUUAUAUUGACGUAUGUUUACAUGGUCUGCCAUGUCAAUGCUCUUGUUGGAAACUGAGGCAGAUCUAAUAUUCUGUGGAGCAGAGAUUCUUCAGAUUUUUUUGGUAUUAUGUGCUAAUUUCCUUCUUCAGAAAAUGCUUCAUACAGCAUAUACACAUACAGUUGAAUAAUUAAAUUUGGAAACCAUAAACCUGCUUAUUCUUAUUGAUUGUUAAAGAGACAGGUUUCUGUGAAUUUUCAUAAGUUCGAUACAAGGAGGUGUCUUCCACAAAGUUGGCUGUCAUGACAAAGCUGCAUGGAUUUUUUUUUUCGUUUUUUCCAAAUAUAUUUGUUAUAUGCUUGUUUCUUGCUGUUUUCUCUUUCAUUUGACACACAGGCAUAAAUAUAACGCAAGAUUCUCUUUAAAGUUGCGUGUACUCUAGCCACUUGGUACUUCAUGCAAUUGAUUGUGAGACUAUUAGCAGUACUACAGUCCUUUUACUUGAUUACAUGUUCAUUUAUUUUUGCUUUUAUUAUUGCUUACUAUUUGCGGAAGUGAGAGGUUAUUUCUGAGGCAUCAAGUCUACGUUUUCUUCUUUACCUGAAUAAAAUUAUCUUUCACAAUUAGGGAGACAAUUUUCCAGGUAAAGGUCUAUAUGCCCAUCUUGGUUACACCUUGUGCCCCACCCGUUUAUGGUUUAGGAUAUCUGGAGUGUAAGAUUCAUUAUAGGCAACUGCAAAGUGGCAAGUGAAAUUUCAUUGUGGCAACUGCAUAAUUCUGAACAGCAAGAAACAUACAUAUUCUGUCUCCUGGUUUUAAGGUUGCAGUAUCUAAUUUUUCUUCUCAAUUGCUGGUACAAUCUCCUCGUCUGUGUGGGACAUUCUUUGUUGUGGUAUAGGCAGAAGGCUAGAAGGUCACCGAUGGCAAGAAUCUUAAAAUCAAUGAGAUAGAGAUAGAGAGAGAAAGUGGGAGAGGAGUGGAGAAUACUCACGACUUUAAUGCGCAUGGGCCCAUAUGACAGGAAGGCAAUAUGCUGAAGGGUUGAAUUCGACAACUGGUGCAAGGAGCCACUGGAAGUAAGUGGGAUGGAUGGUGAUUGGUGGUGGUGCAGAGAGUAAUAGUUCUGGUAGCCCAUCUCGUGAGAUUAUUUAAAAGCCAUUACUAGGCGGCAGAGGUGGAGGACAAACUGUGUAUUAGUAGUGAUUUCUGCAGAAAAGAAAGGUGAAGUAAACAGAGCAGUACAUUCUUCCAUCUUAGCAUGUCCAGGAGGAGGAAGCCACAGUUAAUCGCUGACAGUAACAGAUCAGAACGAUGUGCUGCUUUUUAAUGCUCCUCACCCUCCCCAUCUUUAAUCUUUUGGUGGUCUCACACCUCUGUGACUUUUUAUUUACCUUUUUCGAAAGUGGACCUGUUACAGCCAUAAUCACCACUUAUUAUGCAUGGAUGUGCUUUUUUAA